UUUGCUCUGGGGUUUAGAAAACAUCCAAAUAAAUCAAAAUAGUAACAUAAUAUUCGACAUACCACUAAAAAAUAUAUAUUAAAAGAGGACGGUAUUAUUAAUUAAAAUAAUCUAACUACGUUAUUGGUGACAAUAAUUUAGAAAUAUCCUUUGACUCUAGCGCAGUUUAUUGUUAUGAUGAAUAGAGAAUGGCGGACUCUGUCAUAUUUGGAUAUCUGUUCAUAUUUCUGUUGAUAAAGCCUAACUAUGCAAGUCUCCCCAAUUUGGAUGCAUUGGUCCAAGAUGGACAGGGCAGGGUCCUACAGCAAUUGGAAGAUCCGAUCACACUCGAAAAGAUGAUGGUACACCCCCCAAAGAGGGACAGAUUUCAAAAGAGAUACAAAUGUCACCUCUGCGAACCCCCCGACUGCGAAUCUGGUGUCCAGAAUAUAUGCGUCGACGCCCUAUAUUGCUUCAAGUCCUCGGUGAGGGAGUCCAAUGGAGAGCUGCAGCACUCAAGGGGUUGCUCCGAUAAGAACGAUCACUACCAGUUCAUAUGUCGCUCAAGUACGAGGCAAGGGGUCCACAAGCGUCACGCCGGUCAGCUGAACGUGACGUGCUGCACGGGGGACAUGUGCAACUCGGGCGAGUUCCCGGCGCUGUGGGAGGCGGCGCGGGCGGGGCGCGCGGCCUGGGAGCCGUGGGCGGGCGGCGCCGCGGCCGUGCUGCUGCUGGCGGCGCUGCUGACGGGCCUGCUGCUGCUGCUGCAACGAGCCCACAGGCUGCGCGUGUCGCGGACUGCCCUGGACAAACUCCGCUCCGAGGCGAAGUACUUCUCAUUCAAUGUCUACAACCAGCACAUGAACAACGCUUAUUACGAAGGUGCGGAGGGCUCGCAGCCGGGCUGCGUGGCGGUGGCGGCCGGGGACUCCACGCUGCGCGAGUACCUGGAGGGCUCCCUCAGCUCGGGCUCCGGCUCGGGCCUGCCGCUGAUGGUGCAGCGCACGCUCGCCAAGCAGGUCACGCUGUACGACUGCGUCGGCAAGGGCCGCUACGGCGAGGUGUGGCGCGGCUCGUGGUACGGGGACAGCGUGGCGGUCAAGAUCUUCUUCUCGCGAGACGAGGCCAGCUGGAAGCGCGAGACCGAGGUGUACAGCACCGUGCUGCUGCGCCACCAGAACAUCCUGGCCUACGUGGGCAGCGACAUGACCAGCCGCGGCAGCUGCACGCAGCUGUGGCUGAUCACGCAGUACCACCCGCUGGGCUCGCUGCACGAGCACCUGCAGCGCGGCACGCUCUCCCGCCAGCAGCUCGCCGCGCUCAGCCUGUCCGCCGCCAGCGGCCUGCUGCACCUGCACACGCAGAUACACGGCACCCAGGGUAAACCUGCGAUAGCACACCGGGACAUUAAGUCCAAGAACAUCCUGGUCAAGGUGAAUGGGGAGUGUUGCAUCGGAGACCUCGGGCUCGCCCUCACUGCGCAGCACAUCGAGCAGGGCCAGCAGCUGCACAACCCUCGCCAGGGGACCAAGAGGUACAUGAGCCCCGAGAUGCUGGACCACACCAUGCAGACGGACUGCCUGGACGCGUACCUGCGCUGCGACGUGUACGCGCUGGGGCUGGUGCUGUGGGAGCUGUGCCGCCGCGUGCCCCCCGCGCGCCCGCCCGCGCCCCCCUACCACCACCGCGCGCCGCCCGACCCCUCCUACGAGGACAUGCGCAAGAUCGUCUGCGUGGACCGGGACCGACCCGAGCCGCUGGACUACCACGAUCAUCCGACAAUGGUCUCAAUGUGGAAACUGAUCCAAGAGUGUUGGCACCACAACCCGUCGGCGCGCCUCUCCGCGCUGCGCGUCAGGAAGACCUUACUGAAGAUUGCGGCAGCGGACGAGUCCAUACACCUCAACGAGGACAACGAGGUGUCCCUGUAGCCCACGGGCCCAAUGCUCUCUGCCACAAAGAGAAUUGUGAGUCUGCGUAUGGAUGUGAUCGAGACCACUGACUACGUCUUCAACAUGUCAACUGGCUUGGCAAUAAGUUUAAGUACAUUGUGUACGUAAAACUGACUUAUUGUAAAUAAGUAUAUUAUGAUAAGAUUAUAACACUAAUUAAUAGUGUGUUAGAUAUUUUUUUUGUAUUUGACGUGUUAUUUGUGAGUGGCCGCGCUGGGGACGCAUAGGCGGCUGCACUAGCUCACGGUUCAAUAAAGGCAAUGUCAAUGUCAUUAUCCGUUUUGACAUACGAGGUUGAGGUUCCAAUUGUACUGUACACCGACAGCCCCGCCCUUUAAACAGAACUGCACUGAGCUUCGCGGCAGGAGUAGACGGGGCAGUGGUACCUACCCGCGCGGCAACGUCUGAGCCCUACCACCAGACUUCUAUUGUCUUUGUUUUUCCUUUUUUCUGUUUCUCAGUCGCGGUACGAUUUAUUGAGGGUAUAUUGAAAUCGUUUUCAAAACGACGUUGUGGGUUCUGGUGAUCCCUAAUACGGUUAAAUAUAAUUUAAAUACCUUUGCACUUCAAAGAGCAAGCAAUGUAACGCGUUUAUGAGCUGCCGCCGCAAUCGCAAGCUCACAAAAAGGUCACGUGCAUGUACCGAGUUGUAAACGGUUACCGUUAACUAGGCCAGUAGUCUGUUUAAAUUUCGGCUCCAAUAUCAAUGUACCCACAAUAUAAAAAAAUUUCAAUACAUCGCUCGCUAUGUUCUAGCAUAACAAUUCUGUGAAUUCGCUCUCUAUUUUUGUUAUGAUAGGGCGUGUUGUGAGCUUGUCCGGGUAGGUACUACGAACCUGCCCAAUUCUGCCACGAUGUAGUCCUGCCUCCCGGACGAUGCAGUCGUGCCUCCGGGGGGUGGGGCAGUCGGUGUAUAGUUGAAACUUUGGAAGUCUCAAGUUGGGCGGCGAUAUUCGCAUACUGAUAUCUAUGGGCCCCUGUGGCCGCUUAACACCACGUGAACUGUGAGUACAUUCACACUUCUGCGUUAUAAAAGAGACGGAAAAUCACCGAGUCGGUUCGUAAACUUGAAAUAAUUCAAAUUGUAGACAAAUAUUCUGGGUGUUAGGAGAAUACUUCCAAAAUUGAAGAUUUGUACCUAUAAAGUUGUACAUUUUGGGGAUCGCGGUCCCCGCCGCGCCCGGGCGUUCGUUGACCCGAGCAUCAGCUGUUUUUGAUUUUGUGUUUCAUUGCUGUCUUUUUUUAAAAGUAAAAUAAUUAAUCUUUUAUGGAACUAUCAUUUCAUUUAGCUGUGUUUCAUUAGCAUGAAGAAGCGUAAAUAAUGCUAAUAAAACGUUGUAAAAAUGUUUUUUUUAAAAUCAGGAUCGAU